GGUCUAUGGACUGACCAAUAAGAGCUCGGUGUCUGUCUGUAAACAAAAGAUUUCGUCAGUGUUUUCCAGGAGCGCUAUACUGUCCCGUAUUUUUCUCAGGUCGAGCAACCUUUAGUCUUUUGUUCACAAACAAACUAAAUUUAGGACACGCUACAUUUUAAAACGUAUUUGAAAUUCCAAGGAACAGCGAUGUCAGCGCAAAAAUUUAUAACCCAGGAAGAAAGUCUGCAUGACUCAUGGGUAGAGCUCCACUUUGAUUCAUGCAGUGAACAUAGUGAGGGCACACCAGCCCUGUCUGAUAUCACAGACCUGGAAAAAAUGCUUCUGGAAGCACAACGGGAAUCAAGCAGUAGUUCACGGACAAGUUCUCACUGUAGCAGUCCUCGACGUGUCCAGACACCUCCACUCAUCAGUGCAGCCUCCUUCAACACACAUGCCAUUGCAGAGGGGGAAGUUGUAGCAGAAAGCAAACAGGAAGCUGAGGCUGUUGCAAGGAUCUGUGACUGGUCCAGCCGACCAGAGAAUGUACCACCAGCAGCAUUUAUUAUUAAACGUCCAAAACGGAACAGAAUGUGCUGCAAAAACACAGACAAAAAUGACAAGGAAAUUAACACAAACUUGCUGAAGUUACUGCUACCCUCUCUAGUUUUGACACACAUCCUUAUGCUUGGGUUGGGGAUCUGUAUUGGACAACGCCUUUCCACUCAGUGCUCUAUUAUCUGAGUCAUAGCACAUGAGUGAGUGUGUGUGUGUGUGUAUGCUGUGUGUCAGUGUCUCUAGAAAAAACCUGACAGCCUAGAACCCUUUAGUUUUUUUCCAGGAGAAAUGCAGGACUAUGCAAGAGGACACUGUGAAAAUAUGAUUAGAGAUGGAAACUCUCAGCAUUAUUUUACUUUGGUUCUCCUGUGGGGAAUUUGGCACAGAAUU